CCGAGGCGCACGUCGAAAAAGGGGUUUUGGAACGAUCCGCGAUCCUCGCUUCAGCAACGCGUUUUGUGGUUUCUCUGUUAGUGUGUACGCUAGUGUGUGUGCGUUUUGUGAUCUUCACCGUUGUGCCCUCUCCUGGUGAUCGCCGGUGAAACGACAAACGGCUGGUGACGGCGUUGCGAACAUGAAACACGCGUUAGUGAGCCCCGUACCGUUUCCUAUUGUGCGUUGACAACAUUUUUUUGUUGUGGUAUUUGAUUGAUUUUGGAUGUUGUGCGUUUUUUUUUUACGUUGUGCCUUUAAAACCCUUUCGAGUGAGCCUCUUCCUGUCUUUUUCUGUCGCUCACUCUCGCUCUCUGUCUGUCUGUGAGGCCGAUUAGUCAUCGGUGGUUCAAGAGUGAGAUACCGGAGCUUCCCUUUUCCGGCAGCAAAAUAAAAAGGAGAUUUAAAAGUGCCAAAGGAGGUUAAGCGAAGCUGCACGGAUAGGAGGAUAGCGAUCCUCAAACCUACACAAGCGGAUCCGUUCCGUUGCAUUCGGUGUCUUUGUGUGAAUACGAUCGAGCUGGUAGCCAGCCAGCCAGAGCGCAGAGAUGGUUUAGUGAGCACCCGCACCCGCGGCAUGCAAAACGGUCAUCGCGGUGUUCUAUAAGGCCUUCGCCUUCGCCUCCGCUUCGAGGGUGCAGCAACCGUGCUGCGAUCGAGUGUUAUCUGGGACCGAGCCCCCUCUCCGAUCGGCAGACCAGCGCGAUCACGAUUCAGCGAGGAGGUUUAGCAGCAUUCAGCAGCAUCUGCGCCGGUGUACCGUGCUUUAGCAGAACAACAGUUACUCCACGGAUUCGCCGACACGGAUGACGGCCAGCUAACGCUUUCGCCUUUCGCACGUCAACAGUCUACCACCGGUUCUUCGAUAAGGAUCACGUUCACCGACGAGAGCGGGACAAAAUGGUCGAUUACUAUAAUGCGCGCCCGAGCGCUCAUCAUCCGCACCAUCCAUCGGCGGGAGCAGGUCAAGCGCCAGCGACCACAAUGACACUUCGGAACGCGACUUCCAAGACACGCGCCCAGCGGGAUGUCAAGUCCGCACUUCAUAAAGCCCUCUCCGCGGCCGCUGCUGCUACUUCAGGGGCAGGAGAUGCCGAGGGAACGUUAGUCGGUGGUGGAAGUAACCCCGCGGCCGGUAACGCACAGCCACGGAUACGGAUCGUACGGUUGGUGAGGCCACAGACCCAUGCGCUUCGAAGCGCUCUGCCGAAUGUAACGACGACAAGUGGCGCCAACUUUGGUUUCUCGAUCCGUGGUGGGCUCGAGUAUGGGACGGGAUUCUUCGUGUCCGCCAUCGAGCGAGACUCGGAAGCCGAUCGGCAGGGAUUGAAGGUUGGCGAUCAGAUCAUACGCGUCAAUGGGUACCAGGUGGAUGAUGCCGUCCACCGGGAGUUGGCACAGUUCAUCGCUAACCAGGAACGGUUGAUCAUGAAAGUCCGAGGGCUUGGCAUUCUGCCGAUCAAGGAACGCGCCGUUGAUCCACUGACCUGGCACGUCGUAUCCCUAGCACGUGACACAAAGGACACGCUUCUACUUGAGGAUCCAUGUUGUGGGCGCGACAUGAAAGUCAUCCUCUCGGUAGCGCCCCGUACCAAACUCGGAUGUGGCAUCUGCAAGGGCCCGGACUGGAAACCGGGCAUCUUCGUACAAUUCACCAAGGAAGGAGGAGUGGCACGAGAAGCCGGACUACGCCCCGGGGAUCAAAUACUGUCCUGCAACGGGCACAGCUUCGCCGAAGCAUCGUUCAGUGAGGCAGUCGGUGUGAUGAAGUCGUCGCACGUUCUCGAACUGAUCGUACGGCCAAACGCAGGGCUAGAUCUGUUUCCAGGCGAAUCGAGUGGCUACAACAGCUCCGCCAGUAGCGUCAACGGUGACCAGAGUCCAUGCUGGGGUGACCAAACAUCCAAGCGCUUAAGCAUCGUCCGAGAAGAGUCGAUCUCGCACGAACGACGCCGCACAGCGGCAACCAACGUAGAGUUGAAGCUAAACCCGGGAGAGAAAUCGUCUCCGAUUCCGGCACCACCACAACCUCCACAACCGUCACCGGUGCAGCCAUCGCCAAAGGCGCCAAAGGCCACAGCACCAACAGCACCGAACAGCACGACCGCCCCCUCUUCCCAGCAUCAUCCACGGCGCAAGAACACAACGAUCAUCGAGUUCUCGGAACGGGGCACGAUCGUGAACCCGGAGGUGAAACAGAGUGAAACGAAAACGAUCAUUGUCGAGGUGCACCGGAGCGCAUCAACUGGCUCGAUAGGUGGCGGUGGUGGCAGUGGUAGCACCGCUACGAUGCCACCACCUCCAACGCCGGCGCCAGGCCUGGCAUCAAACACGAACAUCAUUCCACCACCGCCUCCACUGUUCGCGGACACUGUGACUCCCUCGACGCCUGCUCAGUCACUCCCACUGCCACCACCACCACCAUCACAGCAGCAGCAACCGGGAAUGUCGUCCGGGGCCAGCACGGAACCAGCCAACAGUCUGUGCAGCGCCAUCUCGGACGAGUUGCGUCGUCGUGCGGAGAAGAAGAGCGCCGCCGGGGCGCUGGGAGUUAGCGCUGACCAGGCUGCACUGGCCGGACCGGCUGCCGCCCUUACCGAGCUGGAGAAUCGUUUAAAGGAAAAGAACUGCCGGUUGCGCCCGGUAACGAUGGCGAUUUCGGAUGAACGCCACACCGCCCUGAUGGACGAGUUCCGGGCCGUUCACAAGCGCAUGUUCAAGAAUGGGUUUGACAAUGCGGAGCUGAAGAAGCAACCCGUCCGUGGAAUGGGCUCCAAUGAUGCGGUGGACAGCAAGCAUCACGAGGCCACUGAACCGGCACCGAACGGUAUCCGAAAGUCACCGAAAGGAACGAUGGGCCGUGUAGCGGCCUCGGAGAUGGCCAAAGCGAGCGGUGACAGUGCCGAGCUGGAAUCGAUCGAAUCAUUCAAACUCACCAACCCACAGGCACCACCGGCCAGACCACCUUCCUACUACUUCUGCCCACAGGCGACGGGACCGGCGACGAUGAAAAAGUCCCAGAAACCAAUCGCCGUAACGAUUAGCGAAUAUACGGCGGCCAAUGGUGGUGGCGCGAUGGCGAAGCGACCAACUGACGAUCCACGGACAGCGACGGCACAGCAGCGUCUCGUACAACUGCGACCGAUGGCCGAAGGGUCCUCGAUGGCCGCUGGUGGUGGUGGCAUUAAGCUGUUACCUUCUCCUUCUGGUAACCAACAGCCACAACCGGACACGGUGAGAGGUUCACUGGCUUGAAUGGGAUGGUUCGUGAUAUCGGAUCGAUGGGGAACCGAACGAAAGGAACGACCGCCACGACGAAAAAAAACGAUAGAAAUAGAUAUUAAGCAUCACUAUCCUUA